CCGUGGUGACCGUCGUUUUCAUCUCUCAUCCAUUGAACAUAAACUUAAUAGAAAUUAUAAAUUAUAAUACGUUUACCUGUGUACGUAAUACAUAAUUUUUGUGAUUUGUUUAACUGAAGUAUAGAAGUGAUGUUACAACUUCCUAAGUACAUUUAUCUAUCGCAAGUACUUGACACAUCACACAUCUAGAUUGGAACCUGUUUCCAAAAAAUGGUACUUCAUUACUUUGACUUAUGGGUUGCCGUAUAAGUCGAAGAAAUAAUGAAAUAUCAGAAUCGCGCGAUACAAAUGCAAUAAAAUUUUUGGAGGAAGAUAUAUCUUCCUCAUCAAAGCAUGCGGCUAAUGUAAGCACAUCGCCAAUUCAAAGUUUAGUUCUGGAAGUCCUCAAUGUCGUGAGAAUGUUAACGGAGAGUUUGGACGAGCCCCCUGCUUGUUUGAAAGAACUUCAUGAAAUCGCAGAAACAGAAAGUGGCUGGCUUGAAGUUGUGUUGGCAUGCAUUGAAGUAAUUUGUAUAGAGAAUGAUCUUGGACCAAUUGUCAUAUCAAUUCUCUUAGAAGAGUGCUCGUUAGUUUCUGUGGCAACCUUGGAAAAACUGUUGUCAGUUUUGGAUUUAUCAUCAAAGGGAAGACCAGAUUCUGAAAAAAGUCUAAUCCUUAUGACUAGCUCCAGACGAAGAAAUAUUUCACUUGUCCUUGGAAGUUUAGCUGAUAAGUUAGCAGGUCCACAAAGUGUCUGGUUAAUGAAAGAAGAUGUUUUGCAUUUUUUACAAUUGCAACUGACUACAGACGAACAUCCUUCUGUUGUGCUGUUUUCAAUAAUAACUUUGGAAAAGUUUGCAAAAACAAAUGAAAAUAAGGAAAAGAUAAAGACUACAAACACACCAAAAUAUCUUGCAAAAAUUGAAAAAUCAUGGCUGAAUAGUGACAAUGUUGUUGAACACCAAGCUGGAUUCUGUGCUCAGUGGUGCUUGGAUAACUGUUUUCCACUAAAGACUAGGCCAUACAGCUACGAGAGUUCAAAUCUUGAUGGAAUAAAUGCCAUGUUGAAUGCAAAUGAUGUUAGUGCUUGUUUGAAAAUAUCACCAAACGGUCUUGAAGCAAGAAGUGAUGCAUCUUCUUUUGAGAGUGUUAGAUCCACAUGCUCAGUUACCUCGGGAACAUGGUUUUAUGAAGUGACUCUGUUAACUUCAGGAGUCAUGCAGAUUGGUUGGGCCACAAAAGAGAGCAAAUUUUUAAGCCAUGAAGGAUUUGGUAUUGGAGAUGAUCCUUAUUCAAUAGCCUUUGAUGGUUGCCGGCAAUUAAUUUGGUUUGAAGCUGAUAGCUCUCCUGUUUCCUGUGCCAAAUGGAAAGCAAAUGAUGUUCUUGGAUUUCUUCUAAAUAUUGAUGAGAAUAAAGUGAUAUUUUAUCUAAAUGGUAAAGGACUUGAGAGAUACUUUCCAGCUCAAGAUAGAGGAGCAUUUUUUGCCGCUGCUAGUUUUAUGUCAUUUCAACAUUGUAAAUUUAAUUUUGGAGCUAAGAAAUUCCAGUACCCACCGAAGAUAUCGUUCAAUAAUUUCAACGAUCAUUCCACACUUACAGACAAGGAAAAGAUAAUUCUUCCCAGGCAUUUACUUUUGGCCAAACUUAAAAACGAGCAAUUUCACGUGGAUUCAUGCACAAUAUGUUAUGAAAACAUAGCAAACGCAGUUCUUUUACCGUGUCAACACAGAACGAUUUGCUUUGGUUGUGCUUCAAAAUUGGAGCAGUGUCCGAUAUGUCGAGGAGUUAUUGAGAAAAUCGCAAAACAAAUCGUAUCGACGGUUUAGGCAAGAAGAAAUGCGAAUAUUUAAAAAUUUUACACACUUGUGUUGUUUAGUUGAAAUUCAGAAAGUUAACAUUGAUGAAAAGCUCAAGGCAGACAGACGAGUAAUUUGUCCGCGAGAAGUUUUUCGUAUCAACUCACAUAUGUAUAUGAUCGUUUGUACAAAAUUUUUUUCAGCGUUAAGUUCUUUUUUCAAGGAACUAACAAUUUUUCGUGCACACACAAGCAAAUGAACUUCCAAGGAAAAGUUUCUCGUCUGUAACCAAGGGAUUUUAAAAUACAUCGAUCUUGGCAGAAUAAUUAACAGUGUAUAGAUAUGUAAAAAAGGUUUGUUCCCUAAGAAUCGAUGUGUAAAUAAAGAAUUUAUUUUUCGUUGUAACGUUGGGUUGCUUGAGGUUGAUUGUCAAGCUGUAUAAAAUUCUACAGGAUUAAAAUCCAACACUAUCAAUCAAAUUUCAUUAAAUUAAUCAAUUUCUUGUUUAAAAGAAAAAAUAAAAUCAUCGUAUUUAUUCACAGCA